AUGGAGUACCAGCUGAAGGAGUACCUUCUGCUGCUGGCCACACUGGUGGCGACGGUGACUUAUGCGGCGGGGCUCAACCUGCCGGGGGGAGUCUGGCAGGAGGACACCCAUGGCGGAGCACACAUCGCAGGUGACCCCAUCCUCCCCGACACACACUAUCGCCGAUACUUAGCCUUCUACUACUGCAAUGCCACGGCGUUCGCUGCGUCGCUCGUGGCAUGCCUCCUCCUCCUCUUCCUCAACGAGGAGGAGACGAUCUCGGCCACCGUCUUGCGGGCGGUCAUGGUGCUCGACUUGUUUGGCCUCAUGGGGGCCUAUGCCGCCGGGAGCUGCCGGGACCUGUUCACCACCAUCUACUCCUCACUGCUGGUCUCAGCAGUCUUCGCCUACAUCACGAAGGUCUUCAUCACCUACACUUUGCACCGGGUGUUGACCAAUAGAACGCAAGUCAAGGGUGACGCCAACACGCAAGAGGAGGAUUAUGAUGCCAACGGUAACCCCGAGAGGCAAGAUGAGGAUUACGAUGCCAAACGUGACCCCGAGAAGCAAGACGAGGAGCGCAAUGCCAAGACGGGCGACAGGGAGCAAGAUGUACUAAUACUACUCGCAACCUUCGUCGUUGCGAUCACGUACAUGGCCGGGCUGGGCCCGCCCGGCGGGUUCUGGGGGAGCAGCCAGGACGGCCACCGCGUGAGCGACCCGAUCAUGCAGGACCACUACUCUGCCAGGUACCAGGCUUUCUUCGUGUGUAACACCACCGCCUUCGUCGCGUCAUUGCUCGUCAUCGUGUUGCUCAUGGACAAGGAGCUCAGCAAGGCCAUCACUGGAGCCAGCAAGGCUAUCACUGGAGACAGAACUGGAGCCAGCACUGGAGACAAAACUGGAGCCAGCAAGGCUAUCUGUAAAGCGAUCUUCUCCCCUACAAGGUUCGUCGUACUCUACGGGUUCAUCGCGGUGGCGCUCACCGGCCUCAUGGGGGCCUAUGCUGCAGGAAGCUGCAGAGAAGCUGAUGCUACCAUCUAUGUGGUUUGCCUGGCUGGUGCUGUUCUUGCAUCCAUAUUUCUACAGGUGGCUAUUCCUAGAGCCACCAAAAAGAAGUGUUGGGGCCAUAACCUACUCAAACUCAUACAUGACCUCUUUAGCACUAACAAGUAUGUCAUCACGUAUAUUUUUGUUAAUUCUAGCUUCCUUGGCAAAUUAUCAUUGGUGCACAUAAUUCAAUUCUAG